CGCACUGUCAGUUCUCUUCAGUUUCGCUCGGCUAUCCGUGCAACGAGUUGACUCUUCGUCAGCCGGAUCGGCCCGCCCGCGCCCGCCGAUCCGAGAUCAUCCCUUUUGCGAGAGAGAGGGACCACAGCACCGCGUGUCGAUCGUCGUCGCGCGACCGGCCGCUCGAUCGGCGCCACGACGCGUCGGAGACACGCCUGUCGCCGACAGGAAACAGUAGGAAACAGGAUCGCGUGGUUCUUUGCGGCAACGCGGUUCGUUCCUCCGGAACGGGAAGCGUCGGCUUUCUGCCUCGUCGAUGUCGAUCUUUGGUCUUACACCGGCAAAUUUGCCGGAAAAUCAAAUAGAGUGAAAAAGAGACGGUGAAACGAAUCGAGACUCGAGUUUAUACCUUCGGGAGAACCAAAGAACACCGCUGAUUUCCGUACUUUGAAUGGCACGGCGAGCGACGAUCAACGAGUGACUUCGCCGAGAGUGCGAUAAGACAGGGAGAGACAAAGAUUCGGAGGGAUGCACGUAUCACGCCCCGCCGGCGCUUUUCAAUUACGCGAAUCUAGAUCAUUGCGAGGCUGUUAGCGAAUUAAGCGGGCUCGAGAGAACGGACUUAUGCGGGCUGAACGCGAGAUGAAAAUAACGAUCGUGCCGUCGCGAUGAGAAAUCGUGUUGGGAUAGAUUCGCAAGUACGAAGCAGCGACGUAACGAUGCCAUGGAGCGUGGAGGCAAGAAAAACUGGAAACCGUCGAUUUAUCCGAUAAAUUCGUCCUGAUUCCGCUUUCCGGCACACGUUACUGUCAAUUUCGGCGUGCAAAAUACGGAACUCGCGGGUCAUUUUACAACUGCGGCAACAAGCUUGCGGCAAUCGCCAUCCCGUUCGAGGAUCUAUCGGAGAUCGCGGCGCACGAGGAAGAAAUCGACCGGCACUCCAAAACGACUAUGAGAGAUAAAAAAUGAGGUGUCUAAUCUUGACCCUCGGUCUGCUGGUUUCGGUGCAAGGACCUACCCGAUGCACGGCCGAUCACAGGACACACGAGAAUCGUGCAUCGGAGCCGCUCGAUCGAGGGCCGUACUUUGAUGUUUCGGUCUCUCGCAACGUGACAGCCCUUGUCGGGAAAACAGCGACGCUCAAUUGUCGAGUACGAAAUUUAGGUGACAAAACGGUGUCAUGGGUGAGACACAGGGAUAUCCAUCUUCUCACCGUGGGCGUCGAGACGUACACGUCGGACCAGAGAUUCGUUGCGUCGCAUUUUCCUCACACGGAGGACUGGACGCUACAAGUGAAAUACCCUCAACGACGAGAUUCUGGCACAUACGAGUGUCAAGUGUCCACGACGCCACCCAUAGGUCAUUCCAUGCUCCUCUCCGUCGUCGAGCCAGUGACGAUAAUCAUCGGAGAACCAGAAAUGUACAUAAACAAGGAUAGCACUAUGAACUUGACCUGCGUCGUGCGACAUAGUCCUGAGCCACCCUUGGUUAUUUACUGGACUCAUGAUCAUGAGGUGAUCAAUUAUGACAGUCCGAGAGGCGGGGUAUCGGUUAUCACGGAGAAGGGCGAGGUUACGACGUCAUACCUUUUAAUUCAACGUGCUCAACCGGCAGACAGCGGACAAUACACCUGCCAUCCCAGUAACGCUAAUACAAAGACAGUCUUAGUACAUGUACUUAAUGGGGAACAUCCAGCUGCGAUGCAGCAUGGCGGACAGCUCAGAUUAGCCAAUUUACCUUUUGUAAUGAUCUCGACGACGCUUUUGACCUUCUUGAAUCAUCCAUAUUAGACGUAGACUGGACCAUCGUAAACGUUAGUUAGAUAUGUUCCUUUUGAUUUUUCUUUCGCAUUUCAACCGUUUGAUUUUUCCUCUCACGCAACACUCUACGCAACUCGUAUGAAUAAAUGAUCGAUAAACUACACAAGUUCGAGAGUCUUUCAACGCGAUAACAUGAUUUAUAUUGUACAGUUGUUGUUUGAGUAUAUCGUUAUUAAACGCUGUUACUAUUGUUAUUUACUAUGAUUUAUUGUUGUUAAAUUUUUUUUAUUGAAAGAUAGUCUUUAUGUAAGUAAUAUAGUCGUCAGUCAAAUUAGUCUUUAUACCUUGCGCGAGAAUUAUUAGAUAUUCUUUAUGAACUGCACAACGUCGCCUACGUAUUGUCUACGUCAAUAAGCGUACCUUGCGAAAGUCUGUAGGCGAAUAUAAAUGGGCGAGAGAGAAUCGUACCUUGGAACGGAAAAGCAUCGUAAUGUACUAAAAGAAAUAUAAGAACAAAACUCUGAAAGCGACGAACCGAAGAGCAAAAGCGACAAAACGGUCUCGCAAGAAGUAAAAAAAAAAGACGAAAUUUGUGUUGAUGCUAAAGUAUUGUAAAUGUGCGAUUUAGGGCGAAGACAGGGUAACGAAAAUCGAUUACUGCAUUUGCGAAAAUAUUUACUGAUUACUUAAUUUAGAAAGCUCAGAUCCGAGCAACAAGUAACGUUACAUACAUUUUGCUUUAUCACGUUUUACCAGACAAUACGUUGCGCUUGCCAAAAAAAAAAAAAAA